AAAUAUAUUAUUCUUCACGCCUUCCAUGCUGCAGUGAAAGGGUAGAGAGAGAAAGAAGGAAGGAAGGAAGGAAGAAAGUGAGAAUGGAAAGCGGAAUGAUAUCUGUAGAUAAAUGGAGUUACGGCAGCCAGGCCUACUUCUUAACCCACCUCCACGCCGAUCACACCGCCGGACUUUCCUCCACCUGGAACCGCGGCCCUCUCUUCUGCUCUCGCCUCACCGCCAAGCUCUUCCCCUGCAAAUUCCCCUCCUUCAACCUCUUCCUCCUCCGCGUACUCGACAUCGGCUCUUGGUUUUCUCUUUCCUUCACCUCCCCUUCUUCUGGCUCCCCCACCACUAUCUAUGUCAAAGCCAUUGACGCUCAGCACUGCCCCGGUUCUGUUAUGUACUUGUUUCGUGGUGAUUUUGGCUGUAUGCUUUUCACUGGCGAUUUUCGAUGGGAAGUAACUGGUAGUGGAGUGGAAAAUCGAAGGGCUAUGUUACUUGAUGCUCUCAAGAACGAGACACUUGAUACUUUGCACCUCGAUAAUACUUAUUGCAAUCCAAAAUACUCUUUUCCUUCCCGUGAAGUUGCUGCCAGAGAGGUUGUUGAUAUCAUUUCGUCUCAUCCAAAACAUGACGUUGUUAUUGCGAUAGAUUCUUUGGGGAAAGAAGAUCUUCUGCUCCACAUAUCACGUGAACUGGACAUAAAGAUUUGGGUUUGGCCGGAGCGAUUGCAGAUCAUGCAUCUUCUCGGAUUCCACGAGCAUUUCACCACACAAACCUCUCUUACUAGAGUUCGGGCGGUCCCACGUUAUAGUUUUAGCAUCGAAACUCUCGAAGCGCUGAACACAAUCCGCCCAACCAUAGGGAUAAUGCCAUCUGGACUUCCGUGGGCUACUGAACAAAAUGGCAAUCCUUUCAGCUCUUCCGAGUACAUAUUUGUAGUUCCAUAUUCCGAUCACUCGUGCUUUUCUGAGAUACAAGAAUUCAUCGAGCUUCUCCGACCAAUCAAGAUCAAAGGAAUAGUAUCUUCUUCUUCGUGUUGUAUUGACCCUUGUUAUUACUUUGACCACCUUUGUGGGACCCAGCAAGCAAUCUGGAGGAUUCAAGCGAAGAUUGAAAAUGAUGAGGGAGUUGAUACAUCAGUUGAGGCUGCUGAAAUAAAAUCAUCAGCAGCAAAAGAAACAAAAGAAGAAGAAGAAAGUUCGACUGUUGUAGGAAGGAAAAGAAGGCGUAUUCUUGAUCAGGUCGAUUUUUUCGGUAUACGUGUAAGUAGGGUUAGCUUGUUGAGGAGGCUGUGCCGUGGCGGCGUUAGACUUGCAGAUACUGAAUGAAUUGGGAAAUUAUCUCUCAGUUGUAAUUAACAUCUCUCUUCCGCUUUAGAAAUGUACAAAUGGAAGAAGACUUGCUGAUAUAUAUAUAAUUAGUUCUAAUUAAAAUCAUAUGAGCUUUAUGUAAUUCUGCGACUGGUUCGUUUUAUUUUCGUUGGAAUCUAUCCUUGGUAGAUAGUCAUGGUAGUCUUAA